AUGCCCUCGCAAAGACCACCUCUCGGCGUAGGCGGCCCUCCUCCCAAUCAGCAUUAUCCACCUCAACAUCCGUCACUGCAACAUCAGGGUCCACCUCCUCCAGGACCCGGAGGACCUUACGGAGCUGUACCGCCCAAUGGACCGCCACCAGGACUCGCACCUCCACACUCUCAACACCACCAUCGUAUGCCAAGGCCACCUUAUGGUUCAGGAUCAUUACCACCAGCAGCACUAGGGGCGCCGCCUGGAUCGGCACCAAUGGGUAUGGGAGGUCCACCUGGAUUUGUCAACGCUCCCCCACCAUCUUCUGGGCCGGGAUUCAUGACUGGACCGCCUAAUGGCAUGAGUGGUGGAAAUGCUAUCCCAGCUAGUGCGUUUGUUGUGGGUGGAGCGCUCCCAGACAAGAUGAAUACGCUCUUUAUUGGAUCGAUCGCACCUGGAAUCAACAAUGUCGCCAUGGAGAAGCUACUCAAGACUACGGGCAAUCUUGUGAAAUGGAAGCGUGUGCAGGAUCCGACGAGUCAGCAGUGGAAGGCAUUUGGAUUCGCAGAGUACGCAGACGCGGACAGCUUACUGAGGACUCUUCGGGUCUUGGGACAGGAUGGUCAGCAACCCAAAGGGGAAAAACCUGUCGGGCUUGAGUUGACUGCCAUGGAUGGGUCCGGGGUCGUGAAGGCGCUUCUAGUCAAGGCGGACGAAAAGACACGACAGUUCCUUGACCAAUACGAGGAGACUCGGCCCCGAACUAUUCAUGACACAGAAAAGGACAAGGUAGCGUUGGGUAAUGCAAUGAAGAUCAUCCAGAAAAUGAAGGACGGCACGCUUGACACCUCUGAACCAGAGCAGGGAUCUGAAGUCAAGGAGGACACGACGACCGAGGACGCAGCCACAUCCAAACCAGAUAGCGAAUCAACAGAAGCCGAAGUCUCGGAGGAGCAAAAGGAACUCAUCGCUCGUGAGCUGAACUUUUUCAGAGAACGAGCGGCCUUGAAGGAGAAGGAGAAGCGGGAGGAGGAGGAGAAGGCUGAACGGCAACGGGCAAAUCAGCAGCACAGGCAGCAACAGCAGCAAAACCGUGAUAAGGAGGCUGCUCCACAAUCAACAACGUCGUCUUCUCACAGGAUGGGUCGAGAGCGUGCAUGGGGCGGUAACAGUGGCAGUAGUAGUGGCAGCACACGGUUGAUGGAUUUUGUCCCUGCCAGUGGGUCAAAUCAUAUCGAAGUUGGAUCUGGAGGAUCAUCUAGUGCACCAUCCACUAUUGCAGCAACCGCAGCGGAGCACGAUACCAGCGUCGAUUCUGAUGCUGAAGAAAAGGCACGGCAGGAGCGAAAGGAUCGGGAAUUGGAGCACAGUUAUAAGGAGCGUGAACGUCGGUGGGAGCAGCGUGAGGCUGAAAGAGCACGGCUUUACGAGAAGGAUAAGCAGCGGGAUGAGGACUAUGCGGCAGAGCAGGCAGCAGCUAAAGAGGCGAUGGCCUACCGAUACGCACAAUGGAAUGAUGAUGUUGAGCGUGAGAAGCGGCAUGACGACUACUACCGCGACAGAUCACGGUGGUGGCAGAGGAGACAAGCGUUCCUGCAGAAAGAAGAGCGGUAUGAUGCUUUGGAUCGCGAAGAAGAGAAGGAGGAACUGGAACAGGCUGCCAAGAAAGCGCAAGAAGCCAAUGCCGCUGCUGCCGCUGCUGCAAAUUCAGAAAUACCAACAGUCGAUCAUGACGGUGACAGUGCAAUGAAGGAUGCGUCAAGCAGUGCUACCGUAGAGGAGACAUCUGUGUCGACCCCAACUUCAUCGACGACGCCCAACCCAUCCGAGACAGCAUUGGCGUCAACAAUACUGCCCAAUCAACCUACGAAACUCAAGCUCAGUCUUGCGACAACGGCCGGGGGACUGAAGCGUGGGUCUGAGGCGAGCAGCGGGAGCGGUACACCGACUUCGGGAACAAGUGGUUCAGGAUUUGUAGUCGCGUCUGAGUUUGGGCGGGAUGACGAUGAAGAAAAGGAGGUGAAGAAGCGUCGAGUGCUCGUGCCACUGAAGUACAGCGACGAUGAGGGAGAGGCGGAUGAGAAGAAUCAGCAAGUGAACAGUGGAUUGGACCCUGUGGAGAAAGCGAAACGGGAACAGGAGAUCAAGGCGUUGUUCCAGUCGAUUCCCGCGGAUGCACAGGGACUGUGGAACUGGCCGAUUCAGUGGCAGUAUGUCUUUGAGGACAAUGAACUGAUUUUGAAGGAGAAGAUCCGGCCGUUUGCGUCAAAGAAGGUGGUGGAGCUGCUGGGUGAGGAAGAUGAGGAGCUGACGGGGUUUGUGAUGGAGCAUGUGCGGCAGAGGAAACCGCCGCAGGAGCUGGUGGAUGAUUUGACCAAGGCGUUGGAUGAUGAUGCGGGAGUCCUGGUGAUGAAGGUCUGGAGGAUGCUGAUCUUUGAAACCGAGUCCCAGGCACGUAAAUUGACCUCUAAACGAUAA